GCCGCGCCUCACCGUAACAGACGUAUGUCAUAGAACUCAGUUGAUUAUGGCGUACUGUUGGAUGUAAGAAUUAUUGUUGAGUACACGUCUGACUUCCAAUAUGGUGCACAAAAUUAAUGAUUGUCCGGGAAACUGGAACAUCAGAGACCUACUGCAGUUGUAUGAAGAACGUUUGCUGGCAUACGCGAAAAAUUGCAAUAUCAUUCAAGAUGACAAAAUGCUGAAACAUACUGCCAGAUACCAUGAAGAAGUUGCACAUCUGCCGGUCACAGAUCCAGAAUUCGCAAAUGGUUCCAAUCUGGGUUUCCACCCUGAAACCGCAGAGCGAAGCAUUAUCGAACAUUGGUAUCAGUAUUCAAGUCAAUUAACAAAAAAUACGACCAUCAAUUAUGUGAACGCUAUUAAUACAUUUGAAGCACAACCAAAAGACGUCCAUAUACUGGACAGAAAAGGGCACGAAUUCGGAGAUCCUCUGACUGUGUUCAACUUUAUAAUGCUAUAUAAAGACGAAUGUGAUCUAAACAUAAAUGAAAGCUGUAUAAAGGCCAACAUGAUAUUCAGCAACGAAGGAAGAGCAGCAAAACCAUUCGCGGAAGCUGGCCGUUUUGCUCAAAAGAGAACUGCACCGUUGCCUAAAAUGAGAAGAGAGUAUACACCAGAGUUUAUCAUUCUUCUCCUGUUGGACGGUAAACUCGGUGAUUCCAAGACGGAAGUACUACAAUUACUGAAAAGGAAACGCGUGAUAUCCUCGGGGCUGUUUGACGCUUUAAUGAACCUUAUAAAUGAACAACAAGUACCCUCAGCUAUUGCACGGUGCGACGAAGUAGUUCAGCAAAGGGACGAUGAACAUACGACAGAUGUAUUUCGAUAUCUUCUUUUUUCUCUCUCACAUCCUAUUGAAUUUGUGCUCAAAAUUUACGCCGCAGUAUUAUCAGAUAACAUCGUUUCCAACAACGAGCUUCAAGACCCUCCUGCGGUGAAUGGUUUUACCAUAAACAUCCAGAAAUUUUCAAAUGACACACAACAACUGAAAACAGACGACCCCAGUGAAACGGAAGACAAACAAGGUUUGACAUCAACAUCGUCGAAACGCAAGGAGGAACUCCUUACAGUGCAAGUAUAUCUAUUCGAUAAGAUUGUGGAAGACGUGCGUAGGCCACUGAUGUCAACAACUUCGGAGGAAGAGGCGUCACCAGUGACUUCUUCCUCAGACUCGUCUACAAGCCUAUCUCAGUCAGAUAGUUUGAGUUCUCUAGAGUGGGAGGACUCUUCAAACGAUACACCCCGUCAGCUACUAGACUUACUAAUGGGACUCGAGGCAUUGCCCCCUGCUUUGUUUAUUAUUCAUGUUUCUAUUAAAGCUGAAAUGAUCAAAUCCGACGAAGGACCGGAGAAAAGCUUGCCACGAUUUGCGACUUCAAGUCUCAGUGGUUCAGAUACAAACGAGGACAACGGAAAUGACACCUUGUCUCCAAAGAAAGCAGAUAAAAAAUAUCAGACUUUCAACUAUAACAUUAAUUUCGAGCAAAUUAUGAUUAUGGAACUCUCAAGCAAAAAGGUUUAUGAGCAGGAGAAAAUUUGA